AAUCCGAAUCCUUGAGGGCAUAUUAUCACUCGGCCUGAGUCUCCCGAGUCCUGAGUCUCCAGCUCCAACGUAACUUUCAAGGGGGAAUACAGUAUUGAAGCAAAGGUUUUUCCUUUCUUUCCCGUAUUCUCCUUGCGACCGCACGAAGAGAGAAGCGGAUUCGGCCUUCGACUUCGACCACACCAGGCAGUACCAAACCACCAGAGCUGGGCAGGGUUGAUCUUAUUUGCAAUGGCUGCUUCCUCCUCUCUUUCCUCCUGCAUGAUGCAUAAAGAGGCACAUGCUCUGAACAUAUCAAAGCGCUCUAAAGAUUUAUUAUGUUAUCAUUGGAAUAACUCGUACAAGUCACCUAAUCAUUGGAAGUCAAUUUCACAAAGAAACCGCAUCCAUUGUCAAGCUCUGAAAAUUGAACACCCAUCGUCCUUGUCAGUGGGUCAGAAAUUUCAGCUUGAUGAUGUUAUUGAAGCGCAACAGUUUGACAGAGACACUCUGAAUGACAUAUUUCAAGUUGCACGAGAGAUGGAAAACAUUGAGAAGAACUCACCUGGUAGCCAACUUUUAAAGGGUCAUCUUAUGGCUACCCUGUUUUAUGAGCCCUCUACUAGAACCAGACUUUCAUUUGAGUCUGCCAUGAAAAGAUUAGGUGGUGAGGUUUUGACAACUGAAAAUGCGAGAGAGUUUUCAUCAGCAGCCAAAGGAGAGACACUAGAAGAUACAAUAAGAACAGUGGAGGGUUACUCUGAUAUAAUUGUGAUGAGGCACUUUGAAAGUGGUGCUGCCAGAAGAGCUGCUGCUACAGCUGGCAUUCCUAUAAUCAAUGCUGGGGAUGGUCCUGGGCAGCAUCCCACCCAGGCACUUUUGGAUGUUUACACCAUUGAAAGAGAGAUAGGAAAGCUUGAUGGAAUAAAAGUUGGGCUUGUGGGAGAUCUUGCUAAUGGAAGGACAGUUCGCUCACUUGCAUACUUGCUUGCCAAGUACAAUGAUGUGAAAAUUUAUUUUGUCUCUCCUGAUGUAGUCAAAAUGAAGGACGACAUAAAAAGCUAUUUGACGGCAAUGGGAGUGAAGUGGGAAGAAAGUGCUGAUUUGAUGGAAGUGGCUUCUGAGUGUGAUGUGGUCUAUCAAACUCGCAUUCAAAAGGAGAGAUUUGGCGAGAGGAUUGACCUAUAUGAAGAGGCUAGAGGCAAGUAUAUUAUAAAUAAGGAUGUUCUCGGAGUGAUGAAGCAGCAUGCGGUGGUGAUGCACCCUCUUCCCCGGCUUGAUGAGAUCACCGUGGAUGUUGAUUCUGAUCCCAGGGCUGCUUACUUCAGGCAGGCAAAAAAUGGUCUAUACAUUCGGAUGGCCCUUUUAAAACUCUUGCUUGUUGGGUGGUGAGGUUGCUUUCGUCUUCAAAAUGAAUCCUGAUGCUGAUGUCAUGAUUGAACUUUUUUUUUGGCCCUGAAUCCUCCUUGUAUUUUCUUGAAUUUGAUCUUUCUCGUGUUUGCUGCACCAUUUGCUAUGUGUUUGUUUGCAAAACAUGCUAACUAAAAGGUGUCAAAGAGGGGAGUGAUGGUCUGGUGAAUAAAUCUCCAGCUUAAACGCCCAAGUUCAUGGUAGCUAAGCAAUUCUCCUUUCUUCGGAGUAUUAAAUUACUGACUCUAUGUAUGUCAAGCACGUUCUUUUAAAAUUGAUUGCUUGCAUUUUAGUUCAA